CAGAGCGUCAGUGUGGCGGCCGACUUAAUAGUGUGUGGUCCUAUAGACUAACACAAGUGAGUUAGUGUCUACAUUAUAUAUGGGAAGUUACUGUACAACACAAAGAUGAAACACUACAGAACGUGGGUGUUUGUGUUGCUGUGGGCUGCUGCUGGUACAGGCGGCUACCAGUGGGACGCCCUGCAGCUCCACCCACAACACCUGGCCUUCUUCUUCAACAAUAACCCACAGGUGGCCGAGGAGUGUCGGAGAAGUGCGUCUUGUCCCUAUAAGAUGCACCUUGACCGGCCAGCGUGUUGGGGUUACGAGGACGACUGUACGACUGACCGAGCGUACAGUCACCCGUCCUGUCCCGGUGAUGCUAGAGGUUGGGUGAAGAGUAAAGAAGAACAGAUCUCGACCUUCUACCAUCAGGGAGACUUUGGUUACAUCAAGGAGAAGCGACAACAACUCCAAGUGAUCUGUGAGCCGCAGCGAGAGGGUGAUUCAUCGUUGGAGUGUGUAGACUACCUGCAGUUCUGUCGAGGGAGGAACAUAUACAUUGACUUCCGCCCACUGAAACACCGCAAGGAGGUGGUGCACUAUCAUAUGGACGUCUUGGACUCGGGGCAGAUCGGCGGUCAUUGCAGGUUAAAUAAAAAUCUUCUGGCACGACAAGCUGUACAAAUUAGUCCCCUUCAGUCGUGGGCGCCGGAGCUGCGUCACUUCACCGAGCAGGAGGACACGGUGGCGGCCGGCGGCAGGAUGUGUGACCUCUGGGUUGACACUCCGACGUUUAUUAUGAAGAUUGAUGCAACUGUUAAUUUGUAUCACCACUUCUGCGACUUCUUCAACCUCUAUGCGUCACAACAUGUCAACAACACUGACUCAUCUGCCUUCUCCCGCGACACACAGAUCCUUAUAUGGGAGACUCUCGUGUACCGCACCAACUUCGGGUCAGCCUUCGAUGCUUUUACCAAGAACCCCAUUUGGACUCUUAACUCUGUCUCAGGGCAGCGGGUGUGCUUCAAGGAGGUGGUGUUGCCGCUACUGCCUCGGAUGGUCUUUGGCCUCUACUACAACACUCCCAUUAUUUGGGGAUGUGAGAACAGCGGUUUAUUCCACGCCUUCUCUCACCACCUCAUCCACCGCUUGCACAUCCCGGAGAGAACUGUCGGGGACGGGAAGAUACACGUGACAUUCCUCUCGCGGGAGACUGAAUUCCGACGAGUCUUAAAUGAGGCGGAACUCAUCGAGGCCGUCAGAAGAGAUAAGAGUUUUGUUGUGAGGAAGGUGGACUACAGCCACGAGAUGGACUUCCACCAGCAGCUGAGGCAAGACCAAUGGACAGAUGUAUUUAUUGGUAUGCAUGGUGCUGGUCUGACCCAUCUGCUCUUUCUUCCUGACUGGGCUGUUGUCUUGGAACUAUACAAUUGUGGUGACCCAAACUGCUUCAAGGAUCUGGCACGUUUACGAGGGAUCAAAUACCUGACGUGGCAAGACCCAGCCAAACUAACCCCACAAGAUAAGGGCAGGCAUCCCACUGAAGGAGCUCACGAAAAGUUCACGAAUUACUGGUUCGACAGAGAGGAGUUCGUGCGACUUAUGCAGGAGGCAGCGGAGCACGUCAGGGAGCACAGAGGCUGGCGGAAUCUACAGGAACAGUUGAAUAAGUCGCAGCAACGGGAGGAGUUGUGAAUGUGGUUAAGUUAGGUUAUGAGGUUGUAAGGGUCAUCUGUGUUGGUUGUGAGGCGAUAUUAGUCGAGUUGAUUUGUGGUUGAUGUUGAUACUACCACGUUCUGUCCUUUUCUUUCCUGUUCUGUCCUUUUCUUUCCUAUUCUGUCCUUUUCUUUCCUAUUCUGUCCUUUUCUUUCCUGUUCUGUCCUUUUCUUUCCUGUUCUGUCUUUUUCUUUCCUAUUCUGUCCUGUUCUGUGUUGUUCAAUCCCGCCAAAUACCUUCCCCUUAGCCCCUACACCCCGGGUAACGUUCCAGAAUGCGCUCCUUUUCCCGCCACUGUUUAAAUGGCCAGCGCGGGUUAUGAGGUUCCAGUGUGACUAUUUGCUUGUCACGCCACCCCUCGGCCACAGGGAAGCUUCCUGGACAUAAUUACCUACUUUUCUUUGUCCAUUUCAUCAUGUUGUAUCAAGGUAAUAUUGAUAAAAGUAGUGUAGUUGUAUUGUAGUGUAGUAUUACUGUAAAACAAUGCUAUGAUUAUGUUAUAAAUGUAUUUAUUUGUGGAAUUAUUAUUUUAUGCAUUAAUUGCUCUACCAAACACAAAGACAGCCUGGCGACAGACUGCGUGUGUGUUGCCAAGUGCUUUUUAUGAAAAAUACUGCAAAUAAAAUAUUCUAAAUGAAUUAUUUAUACCAAAUAAGUAUUAUGAUCAGUAAAUAUUUGCAUUACUGGCCAUCUCGAACACAAAGGCAAGCUUAGUGCGUAGGUGACCACGAAUGCUCCCUUAUCUCCCUCCCUCCGCACGGCCAGGGAAGUUUCUAGAGGGUCAAUAUAUAGAUUUUCUUACUAUGGACCUGUGAAUCCAAGACAUGAACCCUUGAAUCUCAGACAUGGACCUGUGAAUCCAAGACAUGGACCUGUGAAUCCAAGACAUGAACCCUUGAAUCUCAGACAUGGACCUGUGAAUCCAAGACAUGGACCUGUGAAUCCAAGACAUGAACCCUUGAAUCCCAGAUCAUUGUUGGGUCUAUAGCAGGUGCACAGGUUCAUGGAUGGGGGAGCAAACUGACGGACCUUUUAUGGUGGCUGUACUGUACAGUCGUCUGGUACAGUGGCAGGUGUGUUUUAUCAGAUGUGGCAACUCUGUGUUUUAUCAGAUGUGGCAACUCUGUGUUUUGUCAGAUGUGGCAACUCUGUGUUUUAUCAGAUGUGGCAACUCUGUAUUUUAUCAGAUGCGGCAACUUGUGGUAUAACUUAAUUGUAAUUUAUUAAUAGUAUUUUUUUUAAAUAAGUGAAUUAAGAGUUUUAUCGGCUUUUGUGUUUCUGCCAAGUACUGUAAAGCCGUCCCUUCAGUUACUCAAAGGCUCGGCUCGUGAAAAAUAAUGUAUAAAAUUGAUCCAGGAACAUUUGUAUGCCGGUGCUGUUCAUUGAGUCCUCCGUCCAAUAACAACUAAGAGACCGGCCCUGAGAGUAAAUCUGCCUUAUAUCCCGUCCAGUGUAAGCAGUACCCACUUGGUUCUGUUCAAUUGAUUAUUUAUACAUCAAGAUAGUGUUUUAAGGCAGGUAUGAUAUAAAGUAAUGUGCUUUAUUUAUUAUUGAAAUACAGUACAGUAGGAAUAUAGGGGUACAUUUGGUGCAAGAGGAGUGGGAGCUGAGACAAUAAGUAGAAACACACACACAUACAGACACACACACAUACAGACACACACACACACACACAUACAGACACACACAUACAGACACACACAUACACACACACACACACAUACAGACACACACACACACACACACAACAUAUAAUUUCGUUGAUAUAAGUGUCCAAAUAGUUAGCGCUGUAUGUAAUUCACUCGAUUAGCUGAAAGUUACGACACCUGACCAUGAUACAGUAUCAAGUUCAGGUUAGGACACAUGCCUAUUUCAGACUCCAUUACACGACACUGAUGCACAAUUUAUGCCUUUUUUUAAUAUCAGGUUCGUAGCUCAGGUGGUGAAGGAUAUUUUAGUGAUUAAUGGUGAUACGUUUCUUCCUCUUAUGAAGGUCUCUGUCGGGUCAUUGAGAUGAUGGCAUUAACUUGAGGCGCUGACGAUCAUUAUUCUGGAGGUCUGUGGCGCUGGUGUUGUCAUGAGCGAGGUCAUUUGUACACCACCACAAGAUCGGCUCCCAUAGAUACCUGCAGGGUUAGGUUAGGUUUCUG